UCAUCUCUUGAUCUCUUGAGAUUCGCCCCGUUUUCGUUUCCAUAACAACCGUUGCCACGUUCAACGUUUAUACUCCGGUCGGCGAGCGUUAACUUCCACUCGGAAACAGAGAUUUCACGAGUCCAGCUUGACAAUAAUUUUGCUAUGAAGAGGAAACUCCAAAGACUGCUGAAUGCUUGCUAAGAAGAUGGAAGGUAAACAUAAGCCUUGUGAUGCAACGCCUCCACCAUCAGGCCAUCCUCGAGCUCUCAAUCCCUGGGACAGACUCCCUCCAAUCAGAACAUCGUCUAUGGAUGAACAGAGGUUUUUCUACUCGGAAGGAAUCAGUACGUCCAAGUUCCAGGUAGAAUCACAGAUUCCCAUGCACGUGGCUGCUCUCUCUGAUGAAUAUUUUAUUAAGAAGCCGAUGGAUAACACCGAUCUCCUGUUGAGCUCUGACCAAAACCAUGCAACUGAGGCUCCAUUUGUAUUGAUCAGUCCUGUACAACAGAGAUCCAGCAGGGAGCCCAGGGUCAUUCCAAAUGCAGUGAUCUCAACACAAGGUGGAACUAAACCCAAAGUUCAAAAACCCUACCAAACCGUUCCUGGACAGAUCCCCCGCAAGCUAGCGAUAGAGAGACUUCGAAGGGAAUACUUAAAGUUAGACUUUGAACAGCUUCUGGCAGAAAAGGGCAUUGACCCCAAUAUUCUAAUUCCAAGACAUCCAAGCAAUGGUGGUGAGCAUGUGACUACAACAGACAAUCCGGUAUCACCCCACCUUCCCCUGGAGAUAUUUGACAAUGAGGACUACGACUGCUGGACCCCAGAAGACUGGCUUGCCCUCGGCAAAGAGGAGGGAUCAAUUGAUCUGAAACCUGUCCCUGCAAAAGCCCUGCUGCCUAUAGAUGACGAUAUUGCCUCUGUGGACCCAAAUAGGUCCUCCCUGGGUUAUAGCUGGCAUUUGGUUGGGGUUCUUGACUACAGUAAGGAGAUAUGCCAGUACCUGGUACAGAAAGUUCACCAAAACAGCAAACUGACGGAUGAAGAAGGAAAUCCGGCUCUAAAUAAAAAACACAGAAAGCGCAAGUCUGCUGGAGUAAACACCAUGAUAGCAGGGGCUAAGUUCUGGGUGCCCAGGAUCAGAUUGAUUUUCAGUGCAGAGGACCCACGAGUCUUUGUGGAACGGAUUCAGUUUGCCCUGCACUUGCGGGAAAACGCAGAGGCCUUGAGUUUCUACCACUCAUGUGUAGACUGCAUGCCCUUCUGCAGAGGAACACCAACUAUUGAUACCCACACUCUGCGGCUUAUCAAAACACGGGCCCUUUCAACGCCUGUGCUCAGGCUGAGAAGUCUGGAGAGGUGUGUAGAGGAUGUGGAGAAGUUGGUCAUACAUGAAUAUGAGCGUACAAUGAACCGCCUGGUCUUGGACAAAGUUGUGGAGAGCCAGCCAGAGAAGUUUUCACACAUCACCGUGCCACUGAAGGACGUACCAACUCAAGGACGUGUUCAAGUUCCUAGCUCUCCCUAUGAGAAGAGCAAAAGUCUCCUCGUUCUGAAUUCCAUGCUAAUGGAGCCGGUGGUCUUCUCUUUAUUAUCUGACAUAUGGUCUGAGUGCAGCAAAGUACAAACUAUGAGGCUGUUCAAUGUCACCUCAGUCGAACCGCUACGACUGGACGAGUUUGAGCUUAUCCAAACGCAUACUCAGAUAAGCUUGUUUCUUAGGAAGGCAUGGCUUUCCACAAUAGUCAACAUCAUCCAUUCCAAACUGGCUGCUAUUGGCAAGGGCUGGUACAAUGUGAAUGGGUUUUCCUGGGACAUGUGGAAGCUUUCCAAGAGUCGCAGGCUGUUGGCCUUGGUGCGCUUGAAGCUGCAGGACUCCCUGCAUUUCCUCAUUCAGAAUUCGCUGGUCAGCUUGACCGAGCUGCUGUUGAAUGCUUGCCACAGUGUGCUGACAUGUCCACGGGACCUGGCCUGGGGGAACAACCUCAUCACCAGCCCCUACAAGCCAAAAAAGAACCCUGUUUUCAUGGUAGACUUGGUUCUAAAUGAGACUGGAGUGCAUUACAGCACUGCGGUGGAGAAUUUUGAGACAUCAAUAAUGAACCUGUUCGAUAAGGCCAUCCUGGCCACACACAAGUUGGUGAUGCGUGACUUGUUCAUGGAAUCCAAUCAGAUGCUCAAGUCAGUUAAUCUUUGCGAACCAGAAGUAGUUCAACUGCGAGAGACGAUCCGCAACGCUCUGGUACAAGCAGCCAUACCCCUCACGGCUUAUGCUGCUGAAUAUGAGAAAUACUUAGAGUUACACAACUUGGGCAUAGAGGCCCUGCUCAAAUCUUAUACCAGUGCCGAACUGACAAUUCAAGAAUUGAAGAAAGAGGUGGAAAAAAACCUCAAAGACAAGGAGAUGCUUGAGUGCUCUCUUCCCUCCUCCAUCGUCAUUGGUCCAUUCAUGGUCAGUGUGGAGGCUGUACGUCAAGCUCUCUGCGACAAAAGAACGGCUUUAGCCAAUGCAUUGCUGGACCACCUUACUCUGAAGCUACGCCAUCGGAUUGAUGAGGCAUGUGAAGAGUACAAAAAAAUGAACAGAAAGCUGUUUGAAAGGGUCAACAACAUUGAGGAACUGACUAAAAAGAGCGAGUGGAAAGAGCUAAUCCCGGAACAGCUCAAGAGUUACCAGGAAGUUGUUGACCAAAUCUUGUUGGACUAUAAGCUAAUAGAAGACGUUUGCCCGUGUCUUUCCAAUGAGGAUUUUAAUGAAAAGUGGACAGCUAUCGAGUGGCCUCAUCAGAUACUCAGCCAGAUGGAAUCAGCAGCCGUACAGGAUGCGAUAGACGAGGAUCACUUCAAUCAAAUUCAGCCCGUUGACCGGGACACAUUGUGGAGGGACGGCGAGACUCUAAAGGGACCUUUGGCUGAGACCUUCAUGCACUCUGCCUUCAGUGGGUCUUUUUCCAGAACUGUCACCUGGCGCCCAGCUGGAUGUCCUCCCUGGAGAGACUCAUGGACAUGGACACAUCAAACCAGUAAAGAUAUAACGCUCUGCUGUCGGUCGUCUCUCAGGGUCUCUGUGAUAUCGGGAAGGCUCUGAAGGGUUUAGUGGUGAUGUCAUCGGAACAGGAGCUUACGGCCAGCAGCCUGUUCAACAAUGUGGUGCCUGACUGUGGAAAGCAAAGGCGAGACGCACUCUACAGCAAUUCUCCGUCUGGUUCUCCUGUAACCGUUGGCCAGAUGUUACAACCACUGUAAAAGUAGCAUGAAAAGAAAACCCACACAAUGAAAUGCCUGUUUGCGUUUUUUUCUUAAUUUUCUUUCUCAUAUUUUCAUGUAUAAAGGCGGAAUGGUUUACCUCGGUUCAGUUAAAAGACAAACCUAGACUCGCUCACACUAACUCAACAUACACACACAUAGAGGAUUGCUAAGGUAAUGCACAGUGGGCCUUGACAGCCGUGUGUUUCAGUGGAUGCAUUUGGGGAGGAGACGUGAUUUCAGUGUACAAGAUGUCAAUCACCAAUGUCUCCCAACUUUUGAAUAUGUCUGUCCCUCUUCUGGCACACCCGUCUCUAAAGCCCCCCAUCCCCCCCUCGUGGGUAGUCAGACCUGCUUCAGAGGAUCAAUUGUCUGCAGAGACGGAUCUAUAACGGCAUUCCGCCUGUUCUCUGGAUUAGCCGCUUCUUCCCCCCCCGGGCUUUUCUAACAGGAACCGUCCAGAAUAAGGCCCGUCGGUCCGGCACCUCCAUCGACACAAUUGGAUUUGACUUUGAGGUCUGACAUUGCGCUGACUGUUUUAGCCCCAAUUGGCUAAAAAGUACAAAUUUCAGGUGUAGCAGCACAUAUUUACCAGUUUAAAUUGACUUUGUACGAUUACUGACAUAUGGGGUAAACUUUUGUUAGCAUUCUCUUUUCUUUAUUACUGUCACAGAGUCUCUUCCUCGGUUUCCUCAUCAGUCUCUUCCUACCCUCAAGGUAGUGAGGUAGAUUAGAUAACACUUGGCUUACAACUAGUACAUCAGAUUUGUGAAAUACAUGUUUUUAGUCGAGAUAAUUGAACCACUGAAACUUUUGCUGAGGUGUUUUUCAGUGGGAUUAGGUGUAACUCUGCUUGCGUUAGUGUUUGUGUGUAUCUUACUUUGGUGCUUUUAUUACUCGCCCCAAAAUAGACUCCAGUUAGUGUCUUGUUUCACGAAGCAUCGGAAACUGCAUCUCUGUAUUUUCCACUCUCAGCACAGUAGCCAGCACCUUGUGUGCAUGGCAGACUUCUCAGAAGCACUUGACUCAGUGUUGUGAUAGAAAACAAAUUAUUUUGUGUUUCUUUGUUUGCCGGCUGUAGAGACAAUCUUCUUCUGGUUGAGGAUCUGCGCGUUGGGGUAGAGACUAUCUACAACCGGGCACUCCACCAACUUCGGGGACGGCAGUGGAAGUGCCGACAGAUCGGAGCCGGAGACACCGGAUCCAACUGGACUAUAAAUCUGGUCAAACAGGAGAAUGCCAGAAAGCACCUGUCUUCAUACUGUUCAUUUGUUCUUCAGCCCACCACGCUGAUUGGAAGGUCCAUCAGAUAUAAUCAAAUCAAAGACACGUGUCACUAGAAAUGAGCUCACUGAAACUGUGUAAUAAACAGUUUUUCCC